UGUAAAAAGACAAGACUGAGUGUGCGUGGUCUGAUUCAGGCCUAAUUAAGCGGUUGCUUCUGGGCAGGGCUACAAAUGAAUAGCGGCUCUGACUGGGGAUCCCGUCAGUAGGCAGCCGCAAGGGUUCAGCACUCACUGAAAGGAAGCUGUUCAUUGCUGUUUUGGGCUCCACUAUGGCGAAAAUCAUUUUAAGGCACCUCAUAGAGACUCCAGUGCGUUACCAGGAGGAGUUUGAAGCUCGAGGUUUGGAAGACUGCAGGCUGGAUCACGCUUUAUAUGCCCUGCCUGGGCCAACCAUCAUGGACCUGAGAAAAGCCAGAGCAGCGCCGCAGCCUCCUCCAGCAGACUCAGCGACGGCAGAGAUGCCACCCGAAGAAGGCAAAUCUUGCUUUCAGAUCCUGCUGGAUGUGGUCCAGUUCCUCCCCGAAGAUAUCAUCAUUCAGACCUUCGAGGGCUGGCUGCUGAUCAAAGCUCAGCACGGAACCAGAAUGGAUGAGCACGGUUUUAUCUCUCGUAGCUUCACCCGGCAGUACAAACUGCCAGAUGGUGUAGAAACCAAAGAUUUGUCUGCGAUCCUCUGUCAUGAUGGAAUUUUGGUGGUGGAAGUGAAGGAUCCACUUGGGACUAAGUGAAACCUUAGCGGUUCCUGUUCCAAUGAGGAAGAUGAUAGCUCAGCCAAUGGUACCACGGGAAUAUUUCUAUUAUCCAUGUUUGAAAUGACUCUUUUGAAGAUUAAAAAUAUA